AUGUUGAUGAGCUCUUCUAUUAUUGCUCUUUUUUUAUUUGCUACUACCCUUGGUCAAGGUAAUCGACUAGACGACAGAGUGGUAAAGCGCUUGGACACCUCCUUAAUCGUUACUGUGGACGACACAGAGGUUGGUAAAAACAUUACUGACUUUAUGGUAGUUCAUAUGCAACGAAUCGAGAAGGUAUUGUUAAUAAAACAAUUUUCAAUGGUAAACGCUAAUAACACAAGUAAGUUGUCUUGUAUGAAAAAGUCUUUAUAUUAUAGUAUUUAUAGCAUUAAUAUUUGUUUUUGAAUAGACAAUUAUUCUAAAGGGAUAGUCUAUACCUCCUCCCCGAUUAGCUCAAAGUUUUUAUAAAUUUGUUGUAUUAGGUGCCGACAUAAAGAACCCGCUAUUUUUUACAGGAAAUCACAGGAAAAGUAUGGCGGGUACUUUAUUUCGGCACCUAAUACUAUCAUUAGUACCCAUAAAAAAUUUGAGCUAGCGCUUUCGAGUUUAAAAAUUUUAGUACUAGAGCUUCUUGCCAAUUUGGCAUUGUGUUUUGUGUUUCAAGCAUUUUGUUUUACUUUCCAGACAAGCUACACUUACAAAUUUAAGAAAAUGUAGGUUCAUAUAAAGGUUUUCUAUUAGUGUAUUAAUGUAAAAUGAUUAAAAGGCAAAAAAUGACGAAGUUAUAAACUUGAAACACAAUGCCAAUUUGGAGACAAAUUCAAAAGGUAAUUUUUUGCUCUCGAUUUUCCCGAUUUACUGGAAAGCGCGAUUUAGUAUUUUCCUGAAAACCUUAUAUUUACAUGAUCUUUCUUUACCAAAAGAUUAAAAUCAACCGGAGCGAGGCAAGUUGGGCUUACUUGUUAGUUAAGGCCCCAAUUAUUGGUAUACAACAACAAAAAAUAAAAAAAAACCACUCUUUAUUGAACCAUCAUUCAGUAGCGUGUAACAAACACGCCCCUAUGUUAGAAGACUUGUCUGACAAAUGAUCAGUCUGUUAGAUGGUUUAGUAGCUAGAUAGUUGAUUUUAGUUAUCAUCCGGCAACAAAUAAAUAAUAUAUAUAAACUAAUGUUGGGUUAUAGUAGUAAUAAAGGUAAAAUACCUCUAAAAUAUUACUAUUCUUAAUUAACUCUUUUAGAAACAUACGAAUAUGCGAUUUAUGUACCAAGUCCAUCAUUUAUCAACGAGGAUGACGUAGUAGAUUCAGUCCAAUUUUUUGUUAAACUAUACACACUUGAAGCCUACUUCUAUAGAAUUGACAAAGCCCCUCAAUCAAAGGAUGUGAUUAUUAAAGGCCGCGUAGCUAACGCUGCUAUCAUAUUCAUAGUUGCUGCCCUAUUUGUACUUGUGUGGGGUAUUAUAACGAUUUCAUCGAUGCGUCGUAAAGAACAGACUGUUUAA